AUGCAGUUUUGUUUGUAUGGAUCAUGCUUUUUCAAAGUCAGUGUAUACUAUGCCUUUUCAAAGAGUACAGAUUGUGCUAUCUUCAAGAGUGUAGGUCAUGCUUUUAACAGAGUAUAGAUCUUGCUUUUCAGAGAGUUUACACGCUUUACAAGUCUCCAGUUUGAAAAAACAGCAAUUAGACUGGCUGAAUGUCAUACAUAUGGAUCUGGAGUUAAUGCAUUUAGCAUUCGUCUUCACCUUUGCAGUCAUUUCAGUGAUAUUUUAGAGAGCGGCAGAUAGAAAUAGGGCAGAGCAAAGAGACCAGACGGAAGGGAACAUGGCACUGAUGAUAAUGGUGAGACCCCUAGCAGGAAAUCCUGAAUCCCCCAUGAUGAUGAAUACUGGCGUAGAUUCGGGCGUCCCUCCGCCCCAGACGGGCCAGCCGGAUCCAGACUCACUAAAAAUGUUCGUCGGACAGAUCCCCAAGGCAUACGAAGAAGAUAAACUAAGGGAAAUGUUCUCAGAGUUUGGUCCUGUAUAUGAACUCAACGUUCUCAGGGAUAAGAAAACGGGAGAAAGUAAAGGUUGCGCCUUCGUCACAUUCUAUUCAGGUGUAGUAGCAGAUAAAGCACAGAAAGAAAUUCACAACAGAAAAGUAUUACCGGGGGUAAGUGCACCAUACAAUUUUAUUAUUUUGGCGUUAAUAUGAGGUGUUUAAUCUCCAUGAAUGACCACAGAUUCAGUGUUUGGUGUUAAUGUGAGGUUUAUACAAGACUUUGAAGAACUACAUGUAUGAUAUUGCAUUUGGGUUUUGGUGUGAUGUUUGGUGCUAGUGAGAAGCUGCUUAUUCUGGUCAAAUCUCUUUUUGUGUUUUUUAUGUGGGGGUAUGUUUCUGAUGCUUGUGUAGUUUGGUAUGAUAAGGUGUAAGGGUCCGAUGUAGAUUUAGAAAACUACAGGAGAUCUCUUGAGACAAGAAAUGAAAGCUUUGUCGAUGCCAUCUUUGAGUAAACUUCUGGCCAUGCUUCUCACCUUGCCCAAAACAACUGAGAAUUUAAUGGUCAAUUGGUGUUCUGUGAAUGGUGUAAGGUUCUUGUGUUAAAAGAUUGCAGGCCAUCUAGUAAAUUAUGAAUGAGCAACCGUAAUGUGGUUACGAGAUGAGUACAUGGUAUGAAGUCUUUACCCGAGUGAUCGCACCGCCGGCGUGUCUGAGUUGUCUUUGGUGAGAUGCUUCAUCCGUCCAUCAAGACCGGAGUUUGCUUUAGCGUAGAUACAACAAACAUAACCGGAUACCAAUCAGUGAUCCAUUGGGAAUUAAUUAUCUUUAGAAGACAAUAUUCCACACAUCUGCGUGCUUUAGCCCUGUGCAGCCAGUCAGAAAGCCCAGGGACUCCGGAUCUUCGCUGAAACGAAACAUUGUUGGUUCAGGAGCUUUGCCCUCACUCCGAUGAAGGCGCUAGCCCCGGAUGAUUGUUUGAUCAGCAAACACGGUGGACAAAUUUCAUUUCUUGACCAUAGCUGAGAAGCAUGUAUAUCGAGGAUGGGAGAAGGAAUGUAUGUGUCCGAUAAGAAGAUAGACAGAGACUACAGGAAUCCUGGCAUGCCUUAGCUGAAUGUUGAGAUGGGGAGAUGUGAUUCGGUCAGGGUGUAUGGACUUCUGGAGUUGGUCUGAGUCAACAAAAGAUCAAUCACUUUCUAUUGAUAGGUGAUCUGUCUUUUCCCCAGUACUUAUACCUUCAUGUUCUCAUCUUCCAGUGUUUUCCUUUAAAUUUUCUCUUUACUGGUACCUCCUUUUUCUUUCAGCCUCUCUUUCAAUGGAACUCUAAUUCUAUUUGACCCUCCUUCUUCAUUCAAACCUAUUUAUCUGCCUCUUUUGCAAUUUCGCAUUGAUUUAAUAAGAGCAAUGAAUUAAAAGGUGAUUGACCAAGAGUCUGUACAGAAUCUUUAGUAGGUAUCCCACUCAGCACCUUUCACAAAAAUAUUCUGGCAUUCCCCAUUGAUGUGUGUAUAUGCUGGAAUAGGAGGAUUAGAAACAGAAAGACGCUGAGGGGAUUCCUUCUAACAGAUGUGGCUCAAACUUUUGCAUAUAUGCCCCAUGGUUAAAUAUCCUGCCAGUUUUGAAUAGAUAAAUAUUAAGUGAGAAGUAUCGAGGAAGGAAUGAUAUGCUUGGGCACUGUAACAAUGUUUUAAUAGCAAUCGAUCGUGGGGCUGGUUUUUAAGAUUGAUUGCAUUGAUUAUUGUGUAUGAUCAAUCAUAAAAUCAGCCCCACUAAGGGUCCAGAACUAUUCUAUAAUCUCUUUGUAGUAAAAUUCUGUAAGACUAAGCACAGGAAUGCUGAUAUUGAAUGUGUUUCAGAAAGACAGGUUAGAGCUGUAGUCAUUGAGGCUUCCUGCAUCAAUGGCCAUGAUUCAACUUGUCAUGUUCAGUACAACAUCACCAUCAGGAAAUAGUCUCUAUCCCGUCCUGGGAUGUCCUCUCAAUUAUCACAGCACAGUUUCUGUCUCGAGGAGUUUCUUGGCUGAUACUUCGUUUGUCCGUCAUUCAGCCCAAUAAGUGGGCAGCAAUCAUCUGCAGUCGGUCCCGAAAAAAGCUAGCAAGAAUCGAGCGGUAGUAAUUUGUCUCGUUAAAUUACUGUGUCAGAUUCAAUUGGGGCAAACUGCUGGAAAUGGCCAAGUGAGAGUCAACGGCUGUACUUUAGUCUGAUUGUGAUAUUGAAAGCGGACAAGUUGUUUCCUUGAUUUGGCCAAGUGGUAAAUAGCUAGUCUGCUGUGCAAACCUUUCACUCGAUUUAAGGGUCUGAAUGUGCAGCCUACUCAUGCUUUGUGUACUGAAGGCCCUCUCGCUCAGGAAUUGAAAUGGCAAGUUUUGUAUGUUCUAGUCUUUGCGUGGAGACACACCUGUUGAUCAAAGUUUGUGUUCUGAUUUGAAACAGCAAGUUUUGUAUCUGUUAGUCUUGUGUGGAGACACACUUGUUGAUCAAAGUUUCAAUCAGGGUCUUUGCCUGCAGACUAGUAAAUAACUGCGCUCACAUGUUAGAUCCCUACUAGAACACAAUUCUCGCUACCCCAAAUAGCGAUUUCGCCGAGAUCCGGGAAAAUCCCUGUAACGUGCAUUGCAUUAUGGGAUAGCUUUUUCGGUAUUACAACUUCCUGUUCGGAAGUCCAAUGCACUGUUUUGCCAUUCAGAUCAACAGUGCCGUCAUGCAUGCAACAACACAACGUCGCUUUCGCUCGGAAAGUUCGUGAUCACAACCCUCUCUUUCACGAUACAGUUUAACAGUUUUACAGCCUUUUCUGCUAAAGUCACUAAUUCUGCCCGACGCUUUCCAUUGCACGGUAUUCAUCUGUCAGUUAAGAUUUUUUUAAGUUCCGAAACUGAUUUUUAUCCAUUUUGUGGUCGACCAAAAAUUGAACGAAAUUAAUGCUGUAUAUAUUUAGCGUCUAGUUGAAUACGAUCGUGAUGUCAGGCUGGUCGCUAAAUGCAAAAUUUUAAGAUAUUCAUUAUUUGUUUGAUUUUUUAUAACCAAAUAAAAACAUGAAUAAAAAUUAUUUUCACGCGAAAUAUAUAUUUUUUAUUUUAUUUAUAAUUCAAAUGGAAUCAAAAUUGACCAAAUGUAAUAAAAAGUAUUAUACUCUGUACAUAUUACGCUGAUUGGCAUCGAUUUCAGCGUGGUGGAAAACUCAGUAUCGCGAACCUCGCGCGAGCAUGACUCUAAACCGGAAGUGGUGAUGACGACCCGACGGAGUGAAAAUUAUCUCGUCUCGCGCAUUAUGAGAUUUUUGUUCCUAUUUGGGGUAGCGAGAAUUAUUGCUGGCCCAAAAUGCACUCCUUCAUGCCGAGUAUUGAAUAUAGACAACAGCACUCCAAUGUUUCGCGAGUCCAAACUUUAUUGAAUGUACUAUUUUAUCACCUGACUUCACAAUCAACUAUCUAAAACAUGGCAGAGUUUGAAAUACUUUUCAAAAUGUUCAUUUUCUGGUGGAGUUCACUGACUUUUGAGCACCAUUUUGUACAUGUAUGCAUUGACCGAAGGUUUGUGGCUGGCUGCUUUACCCAUAUUUUCAUACCUCCAUGCAUGGCUACUUUAUUUGUGCUCCAACCCAAACAUGCACUUGUUCCCAAACUCCUCCGGUUCCCCCAACGCAAACAAAAAUCUUCCCACAAAGUUUGCGACCAAUCGGAGCAGAACCAAACCAAUUUUAUGCACCCCAUACUCCGCUGCAUUCGAACCCAACACCAUGCUUUCACCAUUGUCGAUCCUACACUGGGAAAAAAGUAAUUUGUUUGCAUAAAGCAGCAUUUGAUGUUGAGUUUCUUUUCAUAUUUUUGAUCCAUGAGCCUAUCAUCUAUUGAUUCAUUGAAGAAAAGAUUUGAAAAUGGUCCUAAAAGAUUGAGAAUUGAAUGUAGGUUUAGGGCAAAGUUCAUCGGUAUGAGUCAUGCAUGUUGUGAAUGAAUGUGGUAGAGUAUAGCGAAAUGAAAAUCAUUAUGAGGUGGAAUAAUAGAAAGAGGAAGAAAGAAAAAGGAACAAUGUUUUGAAAAGUACAGGUGGGAGAAAUGAAUUGUGGUAAAACUAAUCCAUAAAUCUUGCUUCAUGAGAUUUUGUUGUAAGAGAAAGGGAGUAACUUCCGAUGAAGAUAAAGAGUCAUUAGAUUUGAAAGAUUAUGGAAUUAUCUUCUGACAGCUUAUCAGGAAAGUAUAAUUCUGAUUUAGAUGAUCACAACAUUAUUAGCCUUUAUUGAAUGUGCAGUGGAAGGAUUAAGGGUUGGGGUUGUUAUUGAAGGAAAAUAUGUAGCUUUUUAGAUUCAAACUGUUUUUUUCUUUCAAACUGGUUGACUAACACAAUGACUUCUUUCUGACUUUCAUUUGCUCACAAUAAUUUAAAAAUGCAGAAUUUUCAGAUGAAGCCAUUCCCCGUUUCUAGAUAGAUUUUUUUUUUCAUCUCGUCAGUCACAGAAAAGUCUAUCACCGCAAAUCUUUCUUCAUUCCAACCUCCUUAUGAGGGGCCUUACAUAUCCACACCAAACGGUUCACAUCUCCCAGUCAUAACACAAUAUUGAUAUAGGUGAUGAAAACCCAUGCAUAAGACCUAAAUGGUUUAAAAUUCACAUGGAUAAUGGAAUUCAUACCCUUUUGUGUUUGUCACAACUAAACCUAAGUCAGGAAAAGCCGUGAUAUGCAGCGGUAGAGACUAAAUCAAGUUUUGUUAUUGUCUGGAGGCAUGCGAUCUGCAGAAUUCUAUGAAUAAAUUGAAGCGUCCGAAAAUUGGGCAGGAUUCGCUCUGGUCGUUAUGGUAAUGGGACGAAGGAUGCAAUGAAUUUGUUGUUGUGAUGAUGAUGAUAUCAUGAAUAGAGAUGAACAUGGGGAUCUUUGCACAAAGCUUAGCUAUCGAUCACAUAGCUACACUGUAAAAACUGUGGUGUUGAAACUGACACCUGGGCUCCGUGACACAAAGGUUAGCCUAAUUUGAAAGAACAAUUCUCAUUGGUUCCUAGUCAGUCUACUGAGCAAAAUGCGCAUGCAAGGAUGAUCUUGAUAGGCCAUUUCAUUUAGCGAUUAAUCGCUAAUCUUUGUGUUACGAAGCCCUGAUGGUGUUAAUAGAGGACCACACCCUGAGGUGUUAAAAUCACACCCUAGAGAUUUUACAUAAAACACCAAAGAGUAUAAAUGUAACAACCAAAGGUGUUGUAAUAACACCUAAAGGUGUUAAACUAACACUGUUAAUUUAACACCAGUUUGAAAUAACUGGUGUGGUCCUCUAUGUACACCGGUUAGCACCAAAGUUUUUGCUGUGUACAUUUAAUUGCAAUUGUACAUACACCUGAUUUCACACUAUGAUCAUUGUAAUCCAGCAUAAAAAUCAACCUUACAAUCAGUUAAAUUUUGUGUAAACGGGCCCUGGGCUCUGUAUCACAUACAUUGGCAGUCAAUUGCAAAUUGGAAAUGGCCAAUCAGGAUCAUUGAUACUUGCUCAUUUUCUCCAAGCACUGACCGUAAGCCAAUUGGAAUCAGUCUUCCAUUAUAGCAAUCUAUUGCAAACAUUUGUUUUUCACUGCCCAGCCUUGUUUUUCCUACUGAAUUCUCACAAAUCACCAAUUUUCUACGGUCGGUUAAUAUAGAAUGAUUUCGAAAUAGUGAAUUUCCAUGAAGAUUGAUUUGUAAUUUUAUGUAGAUUGAUGAUGUGAUUAAUAAUAGGGCUUUAAACCUGAAUACGUCAUCAUUUUAAUGUAGAUUGAUUGAUCUGUAUUCUGAAUUAGUUUUGAAUUAAACUGGUCUAAAUCAUUGGUUAAACUUUGGAUAGCCAUAAUAUUAUGUAACAAACACAUACAUGUAAAGCAAAUGCUGUUGGGAAGUAAGGUUCUCUGAAACUUCAAAACAGAAAGAUCCACAACUCCCUUUCCUUCCCACCAUUACCCUUUAAACUUCACAUCUGUAGAAGAAUAAGUCUAUGCUAUUGCUUACUCAUCAAACAUUGAGCGAAAACACAAAACAUUUUCGUCUGGCUUUCCCUAUUCAUCUUAGGUGUUGUGCUCAUGGUGCGCUGUUUGCCGAGUAAACGUCUAUAGACCUAUGCCAUUGUACUGGCUAUGUUUAUUUUCAAUAGUCCACCUUGGAGAAUGAAUCGGACUCUGGGUAAUCGUACAGAACCCUUUCCCUUUCUUAUCGAUUUUUCUUUUCCAUUCGUCUGGUUUGAUGUAGAUUAAGUUUUUGUCAUUUUUUUGCAGAUUGUAUCCCCUAUGUAAGAAGUAAUCUAUUUUGUCAAUUUUUUCUGGUUGAUAAAGUCUUUUGAUUUUUUUGGCAGAUUGGAUGCCCCUAUAUGUAAUAAGAAGUAAUACUAUUUUUUUGGUCUUUGCCAGAAAGAUGAAUUGACAAAUUUUGGGGGAGAUUUUCAGUCUCAUUUCUCAACUUGUAAUGGCCCAAUUAGAUUUUCCCAAGAGCUUUUAUAAUCAUAUUUGUGUGACUCGCCGGGUAUUGAACUUGUGACCUCCCCGGUCAUGAGUCGGGCACUCUAGCACUGAGCCUCUGAUCCGCCAUGCAUGAACCUAAUGAAUAUAUAGAUUUAAUGGAUCUCUUAUAAAAUGAGACACCAUGUUUGCACCUGAAACUCAGAAUUAUUCGCUCGCUGAACUGCUAAAUUUCUGUUUGCUCUCCUGGGAGCUGAACUUGGUAAUCAGCUGUUGAAAGGUUGGGAUCGGAAAUAGACCCCUGCUCUUGGUAUCUGGUUCUGAACUGCUUAUUGAGGAAUGAAGUUGAUGUAUUCAUGCUCAACCUUUUUGUCAUUAAAUAGUUUUGUUCGACCAAGAAAAGAAUUUCCACUUGGUCUAACCAAGUGGGUAAAGCUAAGUGAAAGUAGUUGCAGUAAAACACUGAUUUAUUGAGAAAGUCUUUAAAACUAAGGUUAAUUAUUACGAUAUCAUCGUGGAUCUAGAUCUGGUACAGUUACAUAAACUGAAC